AUGUGUGGGAAUGGCCGUAUAAGACAGUGAAAACGAUACUGAUUCGCACCAGAGUGUGCACGUCUCGCGCAGUGCAAACGUAUUAUUGUAACUUGUGAUAAUAUCAGCGAAUGCAUUAUUUAAAUAUGAAGAUCUACAUACUCCUAUCCCUAAUUAUCGGAACAUAUGGAUACACAGACUGGACAUCCGACCUUGCAGCCAAACUCCAGCGCAUGACUGCGGGUAUUCAGCAAAACGUACAUCAACUUCAGGAACGAAUUCAGGCGGAUAUUCGCGAUCGCCUGGCCGGAAUCGAUCAUUUGAAUCAAGAUAUUAACCAACGAGUUGCCGAAAUAACUAAAGAAGCGGAACAGAGUGGUCCCUUAGUAAUAAUUAAUUCGAACGGAGGUUCCUCUCGCUUCAUAACCUCCGGAUAUCUUCCAAAUGGAGAGCCCUAUUUUCGGGACGUUGAAGAACGCAGGAUUGGUGACACAAUUCAUCGGUUCGAGCGUGUGUACAACUCAACAAAUCAGAAAGUAGAGACGUACCACACUACUCUUGUGGAUGUAAACAAUCCAAAUGCAAAGCCAGUCGUGGUAGCGCAGGAGAAUCAGGCUCCAGAGCCAGCGGAAGCUACACCAUCAGAAGCCCAGGAGCAGACAGCACAGACGAAACAAGUUUGACUUUAAUCAAAUGACAUCAUGACUCGGAGGAUCGAAUGACCACAUGAUCCUUUGUCCUAUUUUUCAUUUAUCGAAGAGGCGAGUUUCUAGGAAUUCUUUGUCAUUAGUUUCAACACGCGCCUGAGAUCACUUGCCCUGAUCAGGUGUCUUAUUUCAUGUGCUAUCAUGUGAUCAUUGAGGGAGUGACUUCAAUUGUAAAUUGACUCAUCUCAGUUGCUUGUGAGGAUUAAUCCUGCUAUUGAAAUGUCGUUAUCAUUGGACUUUUAGAAUUGUACUUUUGAAAACUGGAAAGAUUUUCAUGUUUAUUCGAAUAUUGAUGGAGCUAAAGAUUCAGCAGAAAUUACCAAACCAUUUGGUGAUCGUUUCGUGAUUUGGCUGUUCACGGAAAAUUACGGUACCGUGCGGUAAAAUUGGUGGACUGGCUGGUAAAAGUUAUAUAGAUGUUAGAGAAAAAUUAUUCAACUGUUGGAUAAUUAUUCUCAGACGGGUACGGUACGGUAAUUUUUCCGGAACUGGCAAAACACAACACGAUUAUUAAACGGUCAGGUAAUUUCUACUGAAUUUUUCUCUUCGUUUGUAUAUCAUCUGCCGAUAAAAUUUUAUUAAACAAUCCUGUAUUCAAAAAUACUUCAGCAAUAAAAAGUUUUACCAAAAAUUCAA